AUGAACGGAGAACGACCAGGUCUGAAUGAAUGCUGCGAAUCCGAAGAGAAAAUCCAAGAUAUGGGACAGCUUUAUCAAAUAUUUACCGACGAAGUGCUGGGAUCUGGUCAGUUUGGUGUUGUUUAUGGUGGUCUCCACAAAAAAACGAAGCGAGAAGUAGCUAUUAAAGUGAUAGAUAAGUUGAGAUUUCCAACCAAGCAAGAAGCACAACUGAAAAACGAGGUUGCGAUCCUACAGAAUGUUACACACUGUGGUAGUUUGGAGAAAAUAUUUGAAACAUCUGAAAGAAUAUUCGUUGUAAUGGAAAAACUGAAGGGAGACAUGUUGGAAAUGAUACUCUCUCAUAAGCGAGGCCGAAUAAGUGAAAGAGUGACAAAAUUUCUCAUAACGCAAAUACUCAUUGCCCGAAAAUAUUUACACAGUGAAAACGUGGUUCAUUGUGAUCUUAAGCCUGAAAACGUUUUACUCUCCUCAGAUUCAGAUUUUCCGCAAGUUAAACUUUGUGAUUUUGGUUACGCUCGCAUCAUUGGUGAAAAAUAAUUUCGCAGAUCGAUAGUGGGGACACCAGCCUAUUUGGCACCGGAAGCCUAA